AUGAAGCCAAUAUUCAUAGCCGUCACGUUUAUUGCUGCGUGCUUGCACUAUUUAAUGUUUCGGCCUUACUCCUUCAUGACUGCAUUUAAACUCUACUUUUUCGUCAUACACGUUGGAGUUGUUUCCAUGGUUCGCGGAGUCAAACUAGUGUUUGGACAAAAGAAGAAAAUUCAAACCUCCGAUGAAAGCAAAUUUCAGAGACAAGUUGGAUGUGCACAUUUUGCUCUCGGUGGAUUGGGUUUAUAUUGUUUAAUGAUGGGAAAUACGUUUGAAUAUUUAGUAUCGAUCGCCAUUUUGACCAUAAUUUUUCAUGUGGGUUGUGGAAUUUUAGAAAUUAUGGAUUCUCUCUCUCAAAAAACAAACAAACCCAACCAUGAAAAUAGCGAUUGGCUUAUGAAAAGUUUGUACAGUAGUGUAUUCAUCCCAAUCAUUACAGUGAUUAUGGUUUUUACAACUCCAUACGGAGCAGUCGAACAUGCUCCACCGAGUACAACUUACCAAGUGUAG